ACAUCAACUUUCUGCCAAAACACCCAAGCUUUAUCGUUCUACUAACUAUUAUAUACCUUUUUACCUUUAUUCCUCUCUGCAUAUAUAAAAAUACCUUCAGAUUUUUCCUCCUCAACCCCAACCAAAACCUUCUUCACUAACAAUAAUCCUUUUUUCUCUCUCUCUUUUUCUGUCUCUGAAAAUGGCCCAAGUAGGCCAAGCCAGUGAAGGGAUUAAGCUGUUUGGAACAACGAUUACCUUGCAUGGCAGAGAAAGAAGAGAAGAUAGUAAAGUGAGUGAAGAAGGAACAGAAGAAAAGAGAGCUGAUAGGAUCAUACCAUGUCCAAGAUGCAAGAGCAUGGAAACCAAGUUUUGUUACUUCAACAACUACAACGUUAAUCAGCCAAGGCAUUUCUGCAAGGGCUGCCAGAGGUACUGGACCGCCGGCGGAGCCCUCCGCAACGUACCCAUAGGCGCCGGUCGCCGGAAGGCCAAACCGCCGUGCCAUGACCCUGCAGGGUUUCUCGACGGUGGACUCGCGUCCACGGUUCAGCAACAAUUUGGUUUGGAAGAGAGGUUGAUCUUGGAUCAAUGGCAUGUUGCCACCAUCGCUCACGGCGAUUUCCGGCAGUUUUUUCCGACUAAAAGGCGGAGGAUAAACUCAGGUGAGCAUGAAAGUCAAAAAGAGUUUGUUAUCACAGAACAUAGGAAUGAGAUAGAAACGAAAGAGGGUUUAAAAGGCAGGGACAGUGUAAAGCUUAUCUGAACAACAAGUUUGAAUGCUCGAAAAAAGACACGUCAAAGGAACAAAUCGUGUUCUAAUUAUUAGGGACGUGAACGGUUGAGAUGAUUUGUGAGUUAGCAAGAUGUUCUAGAAUUUGCACAAAAUCUAUAUAUAUAGAAUUAAUUGAAGUACAUUAAUUGGUUUGCUUUGACGUGCGAUCCGCAAAAGCCAGACGUUGAUUGAUGUAAACGUGAACGCGGAAGAAAUGGUCAA